AUGGUGCAGUGGCUGUACCUGUCCGGGCUGGUGCUCGCCGUGCUCAUCCCGGCCGGAGGGCAGGUGGCUCCCAAGGACCUGGAGGAGCUGUCCAGAUGGAAGCUGUUGGGAGCCCAGAACUCCCAGAGCUUCCUGUCCCACAUCAAGCGACACUCAGAGGGGACCUUCACCAGCGACUUCACGCGGUACCUGGACAGGAUGAAGGCCAAGGACUUUGUGCAUUGGCUCAUCAACACAAAGAGCUCCCAGACCCAGCCCAUGGCCCCUGGGAGCUCCACAGAAGGAUUCACCCAUGACCUGCAGCUCCUGGACCCAGCCCAUGGUCCCUGGGAGCUCCAGGGCAAGGAUUCACCCAUCACCUGCAGCUUCCAGACCAAGCCAAUGGUUCCUAGGAGCUCCACAGAAGGAUUCAUCCAUCAUCUGUAA